UUGUGUCUUUAAAUAUUUUAAAUGUUCCAGUUUUAACAAUAUACAUAUGUCUUUGUACUACGGUUAGAUAUCAACUGAAGUUGAACAUAGUGCUGUAAAUCAUCACAGCCUUACUUUACCCAAGUAAGUAAUUAACAACACGGUUUUUUUUUAGUUACAGUCGAAGAGCCUAGCAAAAUGCCUCUUCAGAUAAUUAAAGUAACCACACUUCAAAGUUAAACAGCAGCACACAUCUGAAAAGAUCUCAGCAUUCCUAUUCGUGAAUAUCCGCGCCUCUGUCGUGACAGUCUUAAAGUCAGCAUAGGGCAAUUUCAAAAAGCACCGUCAACAAUGUAACUUCAUUUAGUCCGUGUGGAGAGGUGCAUUUUACCACAGCACUCGAACGCAGCAGCUGCUGUUUGGUUUCCAUGGCAACGGUUGGCCACAGAUAGGACGAUGGUUUACAUCACAGAGGAUUUGAUCCGCCGGCGCGCCGAGCACAAUGAGUGUGAGAUCUUCUCACUGGAGGAAGUUUCUCUGCAUCAGCAGGACAUCGAGAGGAUCGAACACCUCGACAGGUGGUGCAAGGAGCUGAGGAUCCUCUACCUGCAGAACAACCUCAUCCCCAGGAUCGAAAAUGUUGGCCGACUGAAGAAGCUGGAGUACUUGAAUCUGGCCUUGAACAACAUUGAAGUCAUUGAAAACCUUGAAGGCUGUGAGAGCCUGCAGAAACUGGACCUGACGGUGAACUUCGUGGGCCGCCUGAGCAGCGUGGAGUCCCUGAGACACAACAUCCACCUCCGAGAGCUGUUUCUGGUGGGGAAUCCCUGCACGCAGUUCGAGGGCUACAGGCAGUUUGUGGUGGCUGCACUGCCUCAGCUCAAGAGUCUGGACGGGACAGAAAUCAGCCGGUCAGAACGGAUCCGAGCCUCGCAGGGUCUGGAGGAGGCGAGGAGGUGCGUCGCUGAGCAGGAGCAGGAAUACCUGAGGAGGAGAGCUGAGGAGAAAGAGGAGGCGAGGAGGAAGGAAGCAGGAGUUGAGGAGGAAAAGAAGGAGAGGAAACCAGGCUUUGACGGCCGCUGGUACACCGACAUCAACAACACAGCCAGUCCAGAGUCAGAGAAGAAUAAGGAGAACCAGGAGUUGAACGAGAACCCAAAGAACCCGGAGGAGGAUGAGGAGCAAAGGGAGCACGAGUUCUGGCACACACCGUGCAGCUUCACCCCCGAAUCUCGUCUGGAGGCUCACCGGCACCUGGAGGAGAAGAGGCGGGCCAAGGAGAAGGGGAAAGAGAAGAAGCCGAAGGCCCCGAGGACGCUGAUCACUGCUGACGGACGAGUCUUGAAUAUCAAUGAGCCCAAGCUGGAUUUCUGUCUAACAGAAGAUGAAGAAAACAACACGAUUAUCUUGGACCUGGAAGUUUACAGACACAUGGACACCUCUUUGAUCGAUGUGGACGUUCAGCCGUCGUACGCCAGAGUCAGCAUCAAGGGAAAGAUAUUUCAGGUGGUUCUGCCGGCCGAAGUGAAGCCCGACAGCUCGACGGCUCAGAGGUCCCAAACCACCGGACACCUCCUCCUGACAAUGCCCAGGGCUGAAGGUGAAAUCAAAGUGACGAAGACCGUCCCACGUCCACCCAGAGUGCGUCAGAACAGACGCAGCGGCGGCUUAUCGGAGGAUGAUCAAAGGAAAAAUAACGUUCCCGAGAGGCUCGAAGUCGACCCGAGCAAGCGCACAGCCGUCGACCUCGCCAACAUCGUGCCAUGCCAGAUCGCCAAAGAAGGGCCAAUGGAAACAUCCAGACCGGAUCCACCAGCCGCCGAGGAUCACUUUUCUGAAGGGUUCGUGGACGACCCUGAUGUCCCCCCACUCAUAUAAGAGUACAAGGAUGAGCUUAUAUAACACUCAGACUGUAUGAUUGGAACAAAGAGACGGUAUAUUUCCUUUAAACGGACCUUUAGAUUUCCUCUUACCUGCAGAUGUGUGCAAAUGAACCACUGCAGAUUUCCUGAUGUGUAUGGUUCAGUCUGCAAACCUGAUGUCUCAGCAUUUAAUAAAUGUCCUUACCACCAGCCUUAAACACAUAUUAAUGAGACACCUGGACAUGAAUUCAACUGGACAGUUUUAUUGUUGGUACACAAAAAGUAAAUGUAAUUAAAGCUGUGAAGAGGCAGCUUCCACUCAAACACAUUUUCUGCCCUUUUUAAAGCAGCUGUAAAGACGACAUGGCCGAUCGGGGGAAGACUCUCUGCUCGUUACUGCAGCAGGGCGAGGCCGAGAGCUGAAACGCUGGCACAGCUUUACUGAAGCAACGCAACAUCACACUUCCUCACUAUAAACAUCGUUGUCUAAUUCUGUGUCUCCUUUGAAAUGAUGCAUUUGUUAAAAGCCAGCCCUGUUAGGAGGGAUGAACAGAGAGACGCUGCUGCUGGUCUCCCUCAAACCCUCGUGUAGAUUUCAGCCUGAAAAUCAAUCGUCUGAGUUCUGCCUGUGGCCUGGUUGCCGUCUUGGCUGCCGUUGUGCGUUGCCCUGCUGUGUUUUCUCUUUUUUUGUGAUGCUCCUCCUCAAAACUCAGAAGCUCGCUCACUCUCUGCGCCCGGCUUUGAUCAGAGAGCCUCUGCUUUGUGCCCGGAGGACGCCGGUCCAAGCAUAUUCUGAAGCUUGUUCAUCUCUCCUUGAAGUCUCCUGGGUCUCUGCUUUCCUCUGAGUUGUCACCCCAAAAAGCUCGGAGGUAACGACUCCUCCUCCUCCUGGCUCUGAGCGCCGUUACAGCCGCAGCGCCUUGAGAACUCAUUUUGGCGUUGGACCAUUUUUCCUCCCGACAGCCUCGCUCGUCUUUUAUCAUCCAGCCUUCUAUAUUUGGACCCCGUGGCUCGAGCCAUCUGGGAGAUUUGGAUGUUUGUGGUGCGGCUGCAGGAGGAAAAGCCUCUGUGAUGCCAUCUUCGAUUUGAGUUUUUAAUAUAAGGACUUAUUGUUGUUCAAACACAUGUAAACUGCAGCGAGCAGGCGCCUUUAAUGAGCCUCCUGGACCACAGUCACCACACUUAAUCAUAGGUUUUGCUUUUAUUUCAGUUCAAACUGAAAGGUUUUUAUGUUUAGGUAACGAUAUAAUGGAUUUCUUAUUAAAACAAGUAACUAAACAGCCA